AUCCUGAAAAUAUUGUAAUCGUGGGACAACACGAAGAAUUUUAUGAGACUUUUUUGAAAUUUCACCACACGUUUCACUAUGUAUAGUGUAAUUACCCGCGUGAAAAAAUAUACAUGUAAAAAUAUAUUUCUCUCCGUGUACAAAUUGAAUUUUUCACGUAUUUCUCCUUGUCAUUUGUCAGUUUUCCAGUUGAAGGAAUUGAUAAUUUAUCGACGCUAUUAUAUUACGUAAUUAUCGAAAGUUAAAUGCGACGCAAUUAAAAUAUUAUCACCGCGUGUUUCUCUCGACGUCGUUUGAAGUCAGAACGACAUCUGCAUCCCUGACGAUUCUUUCCAGGUGAAAUGUCGGACGCGAUUCAGAAUGCGCGUUUUUUUAACGCGGUGGCCUUACGACGAGGAAAUCGAGGGUGAAGUCUACAGAAUACAAAAUCGCCAGAAAGCGACGAGAAAGUUGCAACUGGAUUUAAUGUCCGCACGUAAUAUUCUGCCCAUUCGUGCGUGCUAGCGUUAUGCAUCAAUUAUGCAUGCACAUCUUGUAUCUACUUAUAUUGCAAUAGAUUUUAUUUUCAUGUCUUGUUCAAAACGAACACUUAAUGUUAAUCUCUUCAUUAGAUUCGAGAUUUAUUUUUUACCGUAAUCGAGUUAUAUUAUGUAUUUAUAUGUUUUUCAAGUUAAGUACAUUUUAAUGAACUUUCAUGUACAAUAUCGUUAACAAUAACAGUUUAAUUUGCAAAACGUGAAAUAUACAACGUUGCAUUGUGUAGAAUAAAAAAUAUUUUUUGAAACCAACCAGUAAUCUCCAAAGGGGGAAGUGUUAGACCUGUGUUAGGUGGCAUUCCAGCCCUGCGACCCUUAAAUCCGAAAAACCUGUCUUGAUGUUCAUUAUCGGCAAGACGGGGAUUGAGAAAAAUUUUUUGGAAUAGGUAGGAAAACCCUCUACCUGCUGCACACACACACACAUUCAAUUGCCGACUCAAAGGGAGAGAGAUCGGCUGAGUGUACACGGAGGAAUCCUUGUUCUCGAGCGAGGGAAAGGUGCUACGGAAGGGAGAGAGCGAGAGAGGUGUCAGGAAGGAAGGAGAGAAGCGCAAAUGUAUAUAAGUGUCUUCGGUUGAAGACGCUCCAAUGGACUUUCUCUUUAACCCUGGUCAAGUGCGCAUCUUCUCUCCCAUCUUUUUCUUUUCUUCCCACCUCCCUUUCCAUGCACGCUCGUGUCGUUUCGAUCCUGCGUCCUUCCACUUCAACCUUCACCUUCACGCGACGAGGAAGAGAACUGGGUCCUCGCGCCCGUUCGAUCGCAUUACGCGCCGUGACGAUGACACAAGGCUGAAAGCUAGCGGGAAUUCAAUUUGCUUUAGAAGAUUCAGGACGAGUGUGAUUUUGGUUUUGCGUGCAUGUGACAUGUUCUUGGCGGAGAGAUCCUGAUUACAGGAGAGAUGGAUACUCGAAGAGUCUUGCCGCUUUUAUUACUGGUGAUCUGCACGAUCAACGCGGCGUUCUCCAUCCACAAUGAUCGGGGCAGACCGAACAACGUUCGACGCGUUCGCAGAAUCAGCGAGUACCUCGUUCCACCGCCACCGCCAAGGUUCCAUCCGGGCAGAGUCCCAAGAUUGGCGGACUAUCAGUCAACCAGUGAGGAAGGAUACUUUUCGAAAAUGAUGAGUUGGCUGAAUCCCUUCAAUUGGAUGACAAGAGAAUCGCCGCCGCCGCUGCGGCCGCCGCUGACGCUACAGCAGUCCGAAACCGCGUACUCUCCAACGUUCGUACAACCCGCUCCCGCGGCAGCUUACAAUGGCCCUGUGGCUUAUGAGACACCACCUCUGCCUCCGGCUCCCAUCGACGAUCAGCCGGGAUACCCUACCGAAACUAGAACUAAGAAUUGUAAUCCGUGCAACAAAACGCCUUGGACGCCGAUACCGCAAGAUGAACUUGCACACUCGGGAGAUGCUUCGUCCGCCGUGUCAUUAUCAGUAAAUUCGCCUGAUACGCCGAUGGUUGGUGGAUACAUAUCGACAGAUGCCGAAGCACCCCGUGACGCUUACCAUGCUGCCUCGUACGACGUCAGAGUCCCGGACUACUCUUAUCCGACGCCAGUGGUCGGCGAACAGGCCGUCCCCUUAGCUCCGUUGCCAAACCCGACGGUGUACAUCGAAGAAACGCCGCCGCUCUACAAAGAAGGAGAUUUCCACGAUUACUAUGCGCAGGUCGCUCCCAAUGGAAACCCGUACCCUGACGCGAAAACGUCGUCGUCAGUUGCCGAGAACGGUGCACCCACAGGUGGCUCUUUUCUGAAUGCGGCGGGUUCCGCUUUCAACGGUGGAUAUAACGAACCUUUGUACCCAACUCCUUCGGAUUAUUCAGGUCCGGGAGUUGUCCCGCAAGAGCCGGAAUAUACCAAUCCCGGUGUAAGUAAUGAAAAAUUGGAACAGUUUCGUCAGGAUCACGCGGCACAUGAUCUGUCCUCCAGUGGCACUCAGGUGUCCUCCAACACCAACGUCGCCAAGGGAUUUUCUGAGAAUAUUGAAGAUUCAAUAAAUUUCGUGGAGUCACCGUUGCUAGAUUUCACGUAUAAGGAUGAAAGUCGGACGGACUCGUCCUCGAUACCGCCGACCUCUAACACGUUCGCGGACUUCGAGACCACCGAGAACGCCGGGACGACUGUGGCAUUUGGCGACGAGAUUUUUGGGACACGUCAGAACCCUCUAACAGAAUUCUCUGUCGAUUAUUAUGAGACGACUGAUGCCGUGGAAUCGACGACUUCGGCGGGUGCAGUCACAGAACCGUUUGAAGCAACAACAACCGGGCAACAAAAUGGGAAGAGAAAACAGGUACAUCAGCUCGUCAUACCCUAUAUGGCUCAACACACACCAGUUCCGUUCCGUCCGCUGAACAAGACAAAGAUUUCUGACACGGAUAGAUUCAAUCAUGACAAUUACGUCGGCGAAGAAUCAAAAACUAGUAUCAACGUAGUCAGACCGAACUCGCCCAUUUUCCCUCAGUCGACUACUUCGCCGAUAUUCGGGGACAAAAACCCAGCUAAUACCAAAGCGAACAAUUCUAUAAACGUGCACAAGUUGCAGAAAAAUAUUGAUAACUGGACGAUACAGAAUUAUUCAAAGACCACACCCGCUAGCACAGUACCGCCUAGACAGUGGACCACUCUGUACAUUUCUUCUCCUUCAAAGCCAAUCCCUAAAGAGUACCUCACGGCCACUAAACUUGUUAGUCGCAUAACUGAUUCUUCCAACGAUAAUGUUAAAACUUAUACCUUGGACGGGUUGAACUUCAAUGAUCAGAAAUAUGAAAAGUCGGCCAACCACCGCAUGGAACAACAACAAACACGAGUAUUAAAAAGCUCCAUCUAUGCUACCACGUCCGGACAAAAGAACGUAUGGCGAAAUUUCCCCACGGCAAUUUCUGCAGUGAACAAGGAAAUCGUGCAAAUAGUGACACCCGUGCCACUAACUACUCCUAGAUUGAAUUCUGGUAACAGAAAGCAGAUGUUAUUGAAGGAGGCAGAAAGCAACACGAAGGAAUCGAAGGAAACUUCGCAAACGAACAUGAAGGAAACGAAGAAUACAUUCGAGCCGAUAGAGAAAGUCUACCAAGUGUUGCCUCAGGCUGUGAACAAUUUAGCUGUGGCUUCCACAGGUCCAGAGAGCGUUACUUUGUGGAGCAUCAUGGAGCACGAGGACUUUGCGUCGCUUGCCGAUAGUGAAUACGAUAGUAACGACACUGAACCUCCUAUACCGUAUUCCAGAUCCUCGAAGAAGUCACGCGCCAAACGAUGACGCAUCAAGUGUGGAAAAUGCUCAAGACGAUUGUUUGUGCAUGUGUAAUUUUGAUAGUGUGUUUCCGCGAAUGGUGUGAGCGAAUGUGAAUAAUUAUAUUAAAAUAGUAGCUUUUGACCUCAUUCCCAAACGAACUUUUAACUUAAUAAUAUUUAAUACAAACGAGUGAACUGUUUCGAUUUUACGUACGUGCGUAAGUGAUUAUCGUGGCCAGUGCACCGGAUAAAUGUAUUUUAUAAAUCCGGACGUAUGUAUUUUAUAAGUUUUCUUAUAAGGUCUUUUUAUACCUUAAAUAUAAGUUUGAAAAUAAGUGAUAAAUUACAAGAAACUAAAGACCUGGCAUGUUAUGUGUUAUGUUGCUACGUUGUGCCUUGCAAAAUUGUCCACUAUUGAAAUUCGCAUUAAUAAAUAUUGCAAAUGAACUUUUACACACAAUAUAAUAAACAAAUUAAAAUAAUAAUUCAUCUCAAUAAUCUGAAAAGCUUACGCGAUUAUUUUGCAACUCACAAUGUUUGAGUUAUUUAAAUUGAAAUUAAUUAUUUUUAUAAUUAGG